AUGCAUUUACAAUACAGAGGUAACAAUGGUGACUUGGAGAAGCUGUCCUUGAUAGCAUGGGGCAUGUGGUACAGAAGGAAUCAGAUGUUACAUGAAGAUGUGGUACUUACUGCUAUGCAGGCAGUAGAGAAUGCAUUGAUAACCUAUAAAUCUCACCUGCAAGUUCAUGAACCUCAUGGAGAAAGGAAAGUUUGUAGAUGGAUGCCUCCUGAUCAAGGAACACUAAAGUUAAAUGUGGAUGGGACAGUGUUUGCAAACCAAAGAAGUGCAGGGAUGGGAGUUGUUCUAAUGGAUGAAAAGGGCGGUGUUAUCCUCUCACCUUGUAAGAAGGAAAAUGAGAUUAAUGAUCCUAUCGAAAUUGAGAUGCUAGCAAUUUUGAGAGGUCUUCAUAUAUGCAUUCCUCUUGGUAUAACACAAUUUGUUAUUGAGAGCGACUCUUUGCUUAUGGUGAAUGAAGUACAGAAUGAAGGAGCAUCAAGAUCACUUCAUGGAAAUCUUGUGCUGCAGAUUAAGCAGCUUAUGCAGAGAUUUCCAAACUGUUUUUACAACACAUUGGCCGUUUAG